AGGGCUCACUCUUUCUUCCACUUCUCACGCUCUUCCCUCCUCCUCCUCCUAUGCUAUAUCUCGAACUCUGCACGCUUACCGCGGAGAAUCCGACCUCGCCGUCCUCCCUCUUGAUCUUCCCUCCACUGUCCGAGCCGGCCAUGGACCCCGUGAAGGCGGAGAAGGAGACCGCGAUGCGGCGCUACCGCCGCCUCCAGAAGAUCGCGAAGCUCUUCCGCCUCCUCGAGGUCAUCGCCGCCCUCCUCCUCCUCUCCUGGUCCUCCGUGCGCCUCCCCGCCGCCGCCCGCCUUUCCGGCGACUUCCUACGCCGCCUUGCCGCCGUCCUCCUCAGUCCCCGCUUCGUCUUCCUCCUCGGCAACACCAUCAUCCUUGUCCUCUUCGCCAAAUCCCGCCACCUGUCCUCAUCCACCGACGGCGUCGGCGGCGACAUCCAUGACCAGUUCCUGGAGACCCGCGGUCGGAUCGAUUUCCCCCCGCCGCCGCCGCCGACGCUGGCGGCGCAGGAGGAGGUCGUGUUCGAGGACAAGACGGUGUGCAUGGAGAUCCGCGCGUGCCGGAGGAGCCGGUCGGAGAAAAUCGACCGCCGGCGGAAAUCGCCGGAGCUCCGGCGCGCUGGGUCGGAUGUGGGACCGAAGGGAGCGAAGCCCCCGCCGCCGCCUCCAGAGGCGCCGGCGGCAGCGGAGAAUGAGCGGAAGAUGAGCAGCGACGACGAUGAGGAGUUCCGCCACAUGAUCGAGGCAUUCAUCGCCAAGCAGACGAGGUUUCAUCGCGAGGAGUCGAUGGCGAUCGUCUCCGCCGAAGGACCGCAGCUAUUAAUCCCCUCCGCAGGAUCACCAGAACCUAAUAUUUUUAAUUAACAAAAUUAUAUAAAAUAAUCUCUAAGAAAAAAAGUGGGAUUUUAACCACCACCCCCCGCCCCCCUCCACUUUUUUUUUUCUUUCUUUC